UAAUUACUUAAUUGGUUAAUUUGGUUUGAUUGGUUAGCAGUGCCUGAACCAAAGCAAACCACCUAAAUCAAACAAGCUAAAAAGUUCAACCAAAGCAAACCAAUUAUCCAAAUUAAUCAAACUAAAUUAUCCAAAUACUACCGGUUGAAACGAUUACAUGAUAAGCUCUCCCUUUGAACCCACCCUACAAGAGGGGAAACCAAAAUCCUUCUCCAGCAAUCCCUCUGGUGAGGGUAUCACCAACUUCCAUGUUCAUGACAUUCCUACAGAAAAGCAAAGAGAAAAAGUUCAUCAGUCAGCCCACCCAGCCACCAUUUCCUGGCCUUUCCACCCUUGAAACCCACAUAUCCCCCACCACACCACCACCUUCCUUUCCAGCUUCUUUUUGUUCCCAUAUGUAUAUUUCUGUAAUUAUUUCUGCAAUAUUUGUUUAAUUAUCCCAAUCAACUUGUUGUCUUCGUAUAUGGGAUGGUGGUGGUGAUUGAAUUCCUGCCUGUAAAGACAAUACAUUAUAUGCACACAGACAUAGCCGCAGCAGCCAUCAAACUCCUCUGAUGAUGUUAGCGAUUCCUCCUGGAAAGUGAUAUCACCAGGAUCCAGCUCUGCUCAUUUUUCCUUUUUGUAUUAUUGUUUUCUAAAAUGUAUUUUUGUGAUUAUUAGUUUUUGUUUUGAGGUGGGUGGGGUGGGUUGUUUUAUAAUUUAAAGGGGGUUGUAUGUUAAUUCUCAAGGGGCCAUUGAAAGGAAAAGCCAGCAGAAACAGACACAAAGAAAAACCCCAAGCUCUCUCAUCAUAAUUCCAGGAGGAGAGGAGAGGAGAGGAGAUCUCUCUCUUUCUAUAUCCCAAGCACUGGACGAAAGCGCUCUGCAUGUCCUUUCUUUGAUUUUCUUUCCUCUGCUAUUGGUGGGAUAUCUAUUCAUUCUUCAGCAUCAGAACACAACUGCAGAAUCUCAGGAAAGAAGCUAUAAAGAGGCGGUUCUCUCUGAAACCUCUUAAACCCAGGUCAGGAAUCCCCCUUUUUCUGCUGUUCAACCCGUUUCUUUCUUCUUUGCUUUUGUUAUCUCUCUGUUAUUCGCUGAAUUUGAUAUACUGAUACAACAGGAUCAGAAAGAUUCUAACCUUUUCAGCUUCUUUUCUCUCUGACCCACCAGAUAUCUCGGAUUGGGGAAAUUACGAAUUCCAGGCCCAAAGUUCGAUUCUUUUUCGUGAACCCCCUUCCCCCUUCUUCUCCCCUGAAAGAUUGGUGGUUUCUGAUCCAGCAAAAGGUAGAUUCCUCUUGCCUUACCGAUUCCCCGCCUCUGUUUUUCCGUGUCUAUAUAUUGAUGCUGAUGUAUAUAAAUUGGUUCAGUAAAUUGGUCGAAUGGGUGGUAGGCAUGACUCGGAUUGGCAAGGGAACGGGGUGUGGAGAUCUCUGAGGGACGGGGAUUACGACGAGCAAGAUGUUUGGGAUGUGUUGCGGCAGAGUAAAACCAAUUCCAUGGACCAGUACUCUGAUCCUCCCCCUUCUUCUCUCCCCUACAGAAACUUCCCCUCCGCCGCCAGAAUGAUCCCAAUUGGCGGCGGAAGUAGCAGCAGCGACAACGAGGCGGGCGCCGUAAAGGUGUUGGUACAGCAGUCAGCCCCCGUCAACAUCCCUGACUGGUCCAAGAUUAGCGGCCAAAAGCAGUGGCCCAGGAAAAGCUCCAAGAAGCCCACCAAUGCGUGGAUGGGCUCCGAUGAUGAUGACGACGACGAUGAGGAUGAAGAAUGUGGUGACGAUGGUGAUGACGUGGAGGAGUACGGUAUCAACCAUAUGGAGCCGCCGCACGAGAUGAUUUCGAGGAGGAUGGCGAUGACCCAGAUUUCGUCCUUCUCUGUGUUGGAAGGUGUUGGGAGGAAGCUGAAAGGGAGGGACCUUAGCAAAGUCAGGAACGCCAUUUUGACCAGAACAGGGUUUCUUGAAUCCCCCUGAAAUCAAUGAAUCUGAUUUAUUCUUUUGCCGAUUCGGGUGGAUUUUGCACAAUCUUUUUGUGGCGGUUGGUGUCAAAAAUUGUAGAUUUGGGUGGGGCUUUAAUGGCUGUUUAGGAUAUCUAGCUAGCUAGCAAGGCAGUUACUGGUUAGCUGUUUCUGGUCAGGAUUCAUCAUCAUAUGGCUUCUUCUUUUACUCUUGUUCGAGUCUCUCUAUUAUGGGAUUUCAUAUUUCUGUUUCUGUCUUUUGGGGUGAUUGAUGCCUAUGUGUAUAACUGUAUAUACAUCUCAAUUCUUCAUAAGGUAAAAAAUCUUCAACUUGGCAUUUCAUUCACUUUAUAAAUGGCUAAAUUACAC